AUGAAGGCUUUUCUAAUUGUUUUUCUCUGUUUUGCUCUCACAUUCGCUGCUGAGUUGGAACCAUUGACUGAUGCUUCUGGAGGUAAGAAAUAAAGAAAACGAAAAAAGUUAUGUGAUAUUUUUUAAGAAGGAUCUGGCAGUGGUGAAGGAUCGGGUGAAGGGUCAGGUGAAUCAUCUGGCGAAUAUGUGAAUGUCGAUAAAUUGACAGUCCAACAAUUGCAAACUUUGAAUGAUUAUGCCAUUAAACUUCAACAAGAUUCUCAAAAAUUGAUUCAAGAAGCCAAUGCUUUGAUUGUUCAAGUGAGUUUUUCUCAUUCAAAACCCCCCGCUAUAAAAAUACAGUCAAAUUCUGAUUUUAGUUAACAACACUUUCUGCAAACGCCCAAACCCUUGGAAUAUAUUCAACAAUUGUUGCAUCAAACUCACAAACAGUUCUUGACAAUGCUAUUUACUCAUUGGAACUCGCUCAAAAUUCUUCAUCUUCUGGAAAUGAGACAACCACAGCUUCACCAACAUGUACAUCUUCAUCAGUUUGUUAUAACAACGAGGAUUGUGGAUCUGGAACUUGUAUUGGUGGAUUAUUCGGAACUUGCGACUGCAAUUCAUGUGUUUAUGGAUGGCCGUAAGUUAUAAAUACCUUCUAGUGCUUUUUCAACCACAAUCUAUUGAUUGAGAAAUCUGAAAUGAUAUUUUUCUCACGUUUUAUUUGUUCACGUAAAUUUUUAUAGUAUUUAUUAAUUUUAUAGAUGUCAAGAUGACAGUGCAUGCGGUGGAUUCCAAGGAGCUUGCAACAAUUUGACUUCAACUUGUGAUUGUUUCGGAGCUUAUGCUCAUAAUAAUUUGACAAUCACCGAUGCGUUCACCAAAUUCUGCAAUGUUCAAAAAUGUACUGGAAAAAAUCACGAUGAAACAUGUUUCGGACUUCCAUGCAACACCGGAAUUUGUGUCUGUUAA